UCUGGCGUCCGUCAUCAGGACGCGCCGGCAGAGCUGGAAGCGGUGGGAAGGAGUGAGAGGGGCCUGCUUGACGCUUUUCCAGAGAGAACUCGAAUUAACGUCGGGAGUUUUCCGGAUGUCUUUGCCGUGAUACAUCUAUGUGGCUAUCCUCCUCCUCCAGGUUUGCGCCAUGGAAGAAGCCCCGGAGACGCAAGCUGAGAAGCCCAUCAACGCCACUCCUUUCUAUUGCAAUAUCUGCAAAAUCUAUUGUGCAUCGCCUGUAAAUCUACAGUCUCAUUUCCUUGGGUCCAAACAUAGGCUGGUUGAAAAAGCUCUCAAAGACCAUGGUGUUGUUAAGCCUCUAAUCAAUACUACAGAAACAGUUAAAAAACCAGAACCCCUUCCAAAUUUUGUUGACCCUGGACCUAAAAAGCCGCCUGAAAGACCCUUGGAAGAGCAACUUAAUUCCUGUAAGGAUGAAGAACCUGCCCUUGGCCUCCAAUAUAUAACUGAAUUCCAGAUAAACGAAUGCCUGAUGUAUGAAUGUAGUCUGUGCGACUGUCAAGCAGGAUUAACCAAUAUGUUCAUGCACGUUUUGGGUAUUAAACACAAGCUUGCAUAUUUGAAAAAACACCGUCCUGAGCUGGCAGAAGUUACAGGACGAGGUUCCAACUUAAAGAAAAAAAUAAAAGACAUUGCUGCGAAAGUUGAACAAGAAGAAGGAAGAAAACACAUAAUGGUUUCCUCGGAUCUUCCAGUUUUGAAAGAGGACAAAUAUUCAGUUCAGCUUUCAGAUUCUCUUGUCACUUGGUUUACUGAAGAUGAUCCAAGCAUAGAAAAUAUAAUAGAUGAUGUUAAGAGCAUAGAAAAUAAGAAGGAUGUUGCUAAGAGCUCUGAGGGGGGUACCCAGAAGGCUGGAGAUAUCAACAAUUCAACAAAAACAUCAGAUGGGAUAGUGCCCUUGGAAAGAACCACUCACCAUUCUACAAAGUGUGAUGACAUCAGCAAAUCAAAAGAUGAAGAAAAGAAUAAAGAAGAGUUAAUUGGUUCAUAUUUAUUCACUAACAAUGAACAAAUUAUACAUUAUCUGCAAACCUUUCAAAUAGGGGAUGAAUAUGAUGCUGCAUUUAUCUUGAAAGUUGUCCAGAUACUUACUGAUUCAUUGGUGGUGUAUCGUCAGAAGGUUUCAGAAACAAAAGACUUUUCUGAAUCAAAUCCAGAAGAAAACGUUGACGAGUCAGAACCGUUGCAGAUGACAUCUGAGACAGAUGAUGAACCUAACACUGGUUUUCCUGAAAAGUCAUCUGAAAAGCAGUCAUCUGAAGUUAUGGAAACAGUCAAUCCACAAAAGAAGCGGAAAGCAUCACCACCGAGUGUAAAUGAGAAACGUAAACAUUUUAAGCAUGGGAUUUCUGCAUCCACAUUGGUAGAUGCACCCAAUGAACAGGCUUCUCUUGGUAAAAUUUCUGCAUCAGACAGAAAACCUUCAUUUCCAAAUAUGUCAGAUAUACCCAUUGGCUCUAUUCCUGGUUCGUCAGCGUCUAAGAGUCAUAUUUCAAAGUUGCUCAGUAGUGUAAGAAAGAAUGCUGGUGAAGUUGCUGCCACCUCGCCCAAACCAACUGCGUUGAACCCAUCAUUACGUGGAAAUGAAGUUAAAAAGACGAUAAAGAUCAACAUUCAAAAUGUGACCCUGAAAUCCAAGAAGAAUGCCCGCACCACUUGAAGGAAGAUAAUUAGUUAUUUUAUGUUGUUUUAUAUUGUGCUCAAAACUGUGUUUUAAAAGUUUAGAUGAAUAUUUUUUUUCUUAUCUGAUUUGUUUCUUCCCAUUACUUCCCCUUUAUAAACUAUGGUUGUGGUGUAUAUUUAA